AUGGACGACUGCGAGCUGAGCCGGCUCCUCGGGCUCUUCGGGGACCGCGUCGCCUUGACGGGGACCGAGCAGGAGCCGCCCCGGGGUAAGGCUCCGCCGACCAAGACGCCAGCCCACCGGGUCUCGUCCUUCCAUGCGGCCGAGCCGAGCCGCUGGUACCGCGAGACGACGCCCGACGAGACCCUUGCGACGCUCCGCGAAUUUGCGACCGUCCUGAGCAAGGAGCAAGACUGGGUGCAUAUGCGCAAGCGCAAUUGGGCUCAGGCCAAGGAGAUGGCGCCGCCACAUGACGACGCGCCGUCCGGGCCCAGCGUCGACGUGUACUUUGACGAAAUCCAUCCCAGGGAGUGGCCGCAUGUGCCAGGAAAGGACGUGCAUGCGUGGGACCGGUCGUUCGACGCAUCCCACGACCUCCAGCUGCAAUGCGCGGCCAAGCUCCUCGCGCUUCCUCCGGGUGCGCUGCGCUACGAAGCGAUCGACCUCGACGCCUUUAUCGCUGACGUCUGCGCGUACAUGACGGCCUCCGGCAUACCGAUGCGCUACCCGUACGAGCCCAUGGUCGACGCACGUGGGACAUGGAGCCGCGCGACGUGGCAUGCGAUGCUCGUGCUGCUCGCGCUGGCCGUGCACCUGCAGUCGUCGUCGCUCCUCCAGUUUGUGGCCUUUACGCUGCUCCAUCUCGGGGCGUCCUGCGACCUCACCGCGCUCUCAACCGUCGACGAGCAUGAUGUGCUGCAGCAGAUCUUGCGCCCCCUCGCGACGUUUCCCAACAACGACAGCAACGCGAGCCCGAACCGUCGAUUCCCGUGCCUCGCGCUGCCCGUGCCCCGGUGUCUCGUCGGGUCGUGGUCCAUCGAUGCGUCAAUGCUCUCGAUGCGCGAUGCGUUUGCAAGCGACGGACGCUUCUUGUACAUCUUUUGCCGCGCCGGCUUGCUCAAGGUCGGGACCGGCGCCGGCGACACGCUGCGCAACGUGGUGUAUGCGCGCAACGCCGAGUACGUGCGCGGCGCCGACGUCGAGCGCGCGUGGCUGUGCCUCGUCGGCAACCACUUGUACUGCCGCACGAUCACGAUGCCGGGUCUCUGCAUCGACCGCAUCAGCCUCGACCUCGUUACCAUUGCGCCGCUCUUGCUCUGCGCGGCCAAAGACGGCGUGACGCCGAGCAGCGUCUACGCACUCGUCUCGGAAGGCGACUACCUCUACGCCAUCACGUGCAAAGACCCGCUCCAGGCGCACAAGUCGCCCAUGCCACCGACAUUGCACCGGUCCAAGCACGCGAAACGCAAGUCGGAGAAGGCGUUGCAGAUCGUGGACCUCAACCCGAUCGCAGUCGGGAACCGUGUCGUGCGUGGUCCGGACUGGAAGUGGUCCAACCAAGACGGCGAGCCGGGCAGCGUCGGGACCGUCGAGCGCAUCUCGACGUGGGGCGGCGUCAAAGGCAGCGGCAUUACCGUGCGCUGGGACAAGAACCAGCGCAUGAACACGUACCGGUGGGGAGCCGAAGGUUGCUUUGACAUCCAGAUUGUCGUUGAAGAUGCCGACGGCCGCAUCAUUGCGCACACGCCGCUCGUGCGCCCGAUGACCGACUACGCGUCGCCGCUUCUUGCAGCGUUGGCGCCAUCGCUGAGUGCGUCCCCGCCACCGCUCAUCGUCGCGCAGUACGACGUGUCAACGCUGCAGCGGCUCGUCGAUGUGAGCGAAGCCGACUUGGUGCCGAUGAUGGGCGCCGGGCAGGACCUCACGCCAUUGGAUUUCGAGGACGCGCUGUCGGCUCCGCCGGCCAUCAAGACGUCGCUGCAUCCGCACGUGGUCGGCGAGUGUCUCUCGAGCUCCGACUGGAUGUGCGAUGGCGGCGUCGACGGCUGCUGCGGGCAGUCGAUCCCGCGCUUUCGGUGCAUGGACGGCUGCGACUAUGACCUGUGCCGGCACUGCCUUACGUCGACGCUCGUGCUCGAGAGUCCGCCGCUCCUCGACGCCGACGACAUGCUCCCCUUUGCGCUCGAAGACGACACGUUCUUUGCCGUCGACGCCGUCGCCGACCAUGACCGACUCGUGCACGAACUUGAGGCCGCGUGGCAAGGCUGCUUUAGCAAAAUCGAGUGCAAGAUUGCGCUCGUCAAGCACGAAUACGAUCUUACGGCCGCGCACGAGUGGCUUCAAUCGUCUGGCGAAUCGUACCUGCGCGAGCCCCGCGUCAUCCCGAUCGUGCGCUCCUUCUCGCUCGACAGUGCUGUCGCGGCGCUCGACCCGGUCGUGCUCAUUGCAGGCUCCUUUUACACGACGGGGACGCAGCUCGGGAUCGUCCUCCCGGGCGGCCUCUGCGGCGACAGUGGGAAGAAACGGCUCCUCGGACGACGUGCGUCCCACCGCCAAGGCGAUGCGGUCUUGCUCUUCGCGCUCUCGGAUGGCGCAGCCCUCGGCGACCUCACGCCUGUCUCGGACAUUGCUGCCGGGUCGCCCAUGGCUUAUGACCGCGCACGCGAUCGACUGCUGGCGUACUCGACGAGCAGCCAUGCGCUCAUGGAGUACAUGAACAUGGAGCAUGCGGCCCCCGAGCUGUCGGCCCCAAACGCGUUCGAGCACGGGAGUGACGUCGGUCGCGCAGUACUGUCGCACCUCACACGCAUCAUGGGCAUCCGCACUGUCGUGGCGCCGAUGCAGCACCCGCGUGCGACGCUGGAGCUGCACGUGCAGAUCCUGAGCGCGAAUCCAACAACCACAAAAGCCAAGCGCCGUCAGCUCAAGAAGCUUCUCGCCCGCUUUGGCGACAUGCCUCUUGAUGCGGCCGUGGGCUACGUGGUCCCGUUCGUUCUGGACAAGGCGCCCGUCGCUGGCCUUGGUGCCUACCUCUGCAACGCAGUGGAUGCAAAUUGCGACGGAGCCCUCCUCAACGCGUGGCUCUACCUGCUUGUCGGGACACUCGAGGAACACAUGCCGGCCAAUGUCCCCCUCGACGACGUCCAUUUGCCGCAACUCGAGGCGCUCCUCUUGGCCAUUGUUCGCGGCGACGCCACGUGUGAUACCUUUGACAGCGACGCUACUCAGACCCGCGUGCGCUUGGCCCAGCGAGCGCUUCUCUGGGGUCUCGUGCACGGUCUCUUCUUCCAGACGCCGGACGCAUUGCAGUGGCUUCUCGGGUCCUUGGCGGCGUCGGUGACCCUCGAUGCGACGUACUGGUCUUUCAUGGCGCUGACGCCGCUCGGUCGCCCGGUGGACGCGUUUGCGACGCCCAAUGAUGCGAUCGUGAGCUUCCUCGGCAGUGUCUUUCGAACGGUGGCUGCGUCGACGCGCCUCGUCACGCGUCUCUUUCAGAGCACGUCCUUGGAUUGGCUGCAGCACAUUGUUGCGCUCGAUCGGCGCGAAACCGAGCACGUUGUGCGGUCGACGAUGCCGAGCAUGUCACCGGCGCAGCGCGUGCUCUUCUCAACGCUCGCGUGCGCCCUGCGCGCGAAUGACACCCAUGACGGUAUCCUCACGGCGCUUUUGGACCACUGCCUUGGGCAUCUGCAGCAGCACGGUCUUGACGGCCUCGACAGCUCGAUUGUCGGGACGCUGCUGCCGCUGUUGGUGACGGCGAUGCCUCUCGAGAAGGCGCAUGCAAGCUUACCCGCGCUCCAAGCACUGCUGACUGCGCUCGAUGUGGCCACGGCCGCCGACGCGACCUGCCAAGCAGCAGAGACCGCGUUUGGCGCGGCGCAACGCGGCGCCUUUUUUUCGUACGUCGACACGGUCGAGAGUGCACACCCGUACGGCGUCGGGAUCCCGACGUUCCGGAAGACUGUGUCGGCACCAGGCGCCUCGGCGCUGCGCUGGCGCUUUGACGCGCACUCGAAGACGAUCAGCAGCAGCGACUUUGUACUUGUGACGCCCAACGCCCACGUCGCGCUGGACCGCAUUCGGGCCGAUGACGCACUCGAUGGUGUGUUUGCGUCCGGGCACAGUGCGCGCUGGUCGUCGCUGAGCGUUGGUGGCGACGGCGCCAGUGUCUACCUCUGCGCGACGUCACAUCCCCGCGACCAUUUGGGCCAAGAAAAGCAGCGCUACGGCUUCAAGGCGACGGUUGACGCGUACUAUGAGCUGUCGCUUCCGUCGGCCCUCGCGCUGCAGCACGCCGUCGCGCACCUCUGCAGUUUCGUGGCGUUUGCGGGGCUCAAGGCCGAGACCGCGGCUUUGCCGAGCGUUUUGCUGGACGCACUCGGACCGCUCCGGAAAUCGCGAGGCCAAUACGAGUGGCUCGUAGCGCAAGAGGCGACCGGCGGUCUGGCGUCACUCGAAUCGCGCUAUGGUCCGAUCUCGCUCAAGCCCCAGCGCGACUGGCACGCCAUGGUGCUCGCGUGUUUGGCGCUUCUGGUCCGUCCGGCGCAGUGCGAACGCACGAUGCGGCGGGCCAUUGGACGCCUCGUGAGCUUCCAGCGGUGGGUGCUGCGGCAAUCGCAGCUCGAGAAUGAGUGGCAGGCGUGGCUCGAGUCGCCUCUGUCGCGCGACGAAUUUUUCGACCGACUCGGAGGCAACGAAACGCUGCUGAACGAGCUCUGUGUGCUGCAGUCGUGUCCGACUCGGACGCCGGCCGCGCUCUUUGAGCACCUGGCACAAGCUCAGGCCGCUGGGAUCGCACCGCUGGUGCCGCUUGCGGAACGGGUCCGGACGCGCGUCCUCGCCUUGCUACAGCUCCCAGUGUACGACGACGACGCGCCGGAUGAGGACGCAGUGCUGGACGAUGGAGCGCUCGAUGCGAUCCUCACUUUGGUGCAAUUUCCGUCCGACGCGAUCAAUGUCGUUGACGCCAAGGCCGCGCACGAAGCACUUGCAUCGCGUCGCCGGGACUGCCUCGGGGUGAUUGAGCAUCUGCUUUCAAGCGUGCAGAGUCCGAGUACGCAGCGCUUCUUCACAGGUCGACUUGCAACGGCCCUCGGUACUGCGACCUCGUGCGUCUCCAUGCUCUCGGGGUGUGAGCUGUGCAGCGCCGUCAACCGAGCCGCCGUCCUUGACCAAUGGCAGCGACUGCAGCGCGUGCUGCUCACAAAGAUGGACGCCCCGUCGACGCCCUUUGCCGACAAGGUGCUGCUGAGUGUGGACUUGGUGCUACUGGGUACACCGUCGCUCCGACAAGUCCUUCUCAACGUGCUCGCCGAGUCGCCGAAGAGCGCGGACGCGAUACUCGAUGGAAUGUGGCCCGCCACUGCGCCCGUGGCUCUUGAGCGCGUCGCGUUCCUCCAGCAGCUGCGCGACGUGCAGUGGCUGGCUUUGCGCCACGUCUUUGUCGCAGGGGCGUCGAUGGAGGCGUGCAAACCUCUCGUGACGGGACCUUGCGACGCAAGCCGCACCCUCGGGAUCCUCGAAGCGCUUGCGUUGGCCGACUCAUCGCCGCCGCCGGCUUGGCUCGUGCCCACGCUGUUGGAGCAUCUCUUGUCGCCUGAGAGUGCGCCGCGCGUGCAAAUGACCGCGUGUCGGAUCCUCAAGCACCUUGGCGUGGUGCCGCCGCCCGCGGUUGUGCGUCGGCUGCUCCACUUGCUCGGAAAACGGCUGGCCUCGGCGUCGGCUGACCCGGCCCUGGCCGAGACGAUGACGUUUGGUGUCGUGCUCUUUUGGAACAAUGAUACUAGCGACGCGCUACUCGAGCUCGUCGACGGGCUUGGCGACACGAUCAAGCCGCCCCACGUGGCGUCCUGGGAUGUGGUCGUCAACGUCGACAGCAUGGCCAAGCAAGAGGAGCUCAUGAAGGACGCGUCCAUCGUGCACCGGAAUGUGCGCUGCGAUGGCUGCAACCAAAGCCCGAUCGCCGGGUACCGCUUCAAGUGCUCCAUUUGUCCCAACUACGACCUCUGCGCCGGUUGCUACCUCGCCAAGACGCAUGACGUCGACCACGCUUUCUUGCGCUUUGCCGACGUUGCGGGCGCCGGCGACUUGCUGCCGCCUCGGGCGUCCACUGCUGCCGUGGCGCUGGUGCCCGACAUGGCGCUUGUCGGCACACACGUCUGGAAAGCGUCGGCGCUUCUCUCGGAGCUGAUGCGGAACGGCCACGUCGUUCUUCUCGCCGACGUCGCCGUUGCGGACGCCGACGCGCUCCUCGAUGCGAUUCAGAGGUUACCAACGAGCUUUCUUGCGGGCCGCGCGCCCCAAGCGCAGCUCGAUGCGUGGCGGGCACUCGAUGCCACGGACGCCUUUGUCUUGAACCGGGCCGCGCCCCCGCCAAUGACGAUCGAUUCGUGCAAGUACGCGCUCGAAAUGGCGUCCGAGAUCGUUGCACUUGCCCGGCCGUGGGUGACGCACGCGUCCAUCAAGGACGUUGUGCUCCAGAGCCUCCGGUGCAUCUCACGGCUGCUGCGCGACCCAAAGCUCGGAACGUCGUACUUUGAAGCGAUCGGCGCGCUCGCGCUUCUCGGCGGCAUGGACGAGCCGGUGCGCGUUGGCGGCUAUGUGACGCUGCACGACGCGCGAGGUUGCCUCCAGCACGUUGGCGUCGACACGGCCACCGUCAUCUUUGGGGCUCGCAUGGAGACCAACGUUCCGCUAUCCGCGCUCGUCGUUGUGCCCGAGGUGCCGCUGAGCCAAGCGAUGGCCGAUGCGAUGGAGGAUGCGAUGGGCGCACUGGCCAGCGCGACGCAAGAGAGUAUGUCGGUGGUUCGAGGCGACGAUGCCCUCGCGCACGAACUGGCCCAGCGCACGCUCCACGCACUCUCGGCGCUCUUGCCGUUCUGGCCGUCCGUCCUCGACAACCAAGCAAUCGCGGCGUACGGCGCCAUGCCGCACGCAUUGUUGCAGCUCGCGCAGCCAUCGUCGCAGCGCACCGAGUUUGUCAACGAGCACCUCGCGGCGGCGCAUCGCUUGGCGUGGACGUUUGUGCGGGGACUGCACCACGUUGUGGCGCUCGGGCCGUGUCGCAAGAGUGUCUCGAUUCCCAUGGCGCUCACCGACCAGACGCGGCUGCAAGAGGACGACGGCGACGAGCGGCCGUCGUAUUGGUACAAUGUGUACGCCUAUGCGGACGUGGCGGACGUACUUCCCGUGCACCCGGGACGCAACAAGCUCCUCGACUACUGGGAGCGCUACGUGAUUCCAGCGAUUCAGAAAUACGUCCGCGGCUCGUUCAAGUCGUAUGAAAUGGACUACUUUUUCGCGCAGCUCCGAGAGCCGCUGCGCGAAGGCAACAUGGCCGCGGCGCGGCAGAUCGCGCACACGCUCUGCGACGGCCACGUGCCACCCGGCUGCGUCUUUCCCGACACGGAGACCGACUGGAAGGCGCUGCAGAUGGACGACCUCGUCGUUGGCGGACGCUACAUUGUGCAGGCGCUCUCGGACCCGCUCGUGCCGGCCAUGGCGUGGUGCCUUGGGCACACAGGCAGCCUCUGCACGAUCGAAGCGACCAAGAAACUCGCGCUCCUGCAGCUCUACAACCCGGGGGCUGGCCAGCUCGAGCACUAUUGGUUCCACGUCUCGCAGCUCCAGGCCGGUGACGGAAGCGAACCGAGUCGCUCGCUCUUGACGUCUGCUGUCAUUGCGCGUCUUGUGGCGGCUCAAAAAGUUUCAAUCGCGGCCAUCGCGCGGCGCGCCGUGUGGACGAUCGUGUCGCAGAGCCCCGAGUACGUGGCGUGGGCGACGCUGGGCCAAGGCUUCCCGCUCACGACCCUCUUGGACGUGGCGGCCACGGAUCUUCCGGCGUGGACAGCGCCGCCGCGCGACCAUCCGCUGCAAAAGGUGCUUCUGCUGCAGCACGCCAGUCUCAGUGCGACUGUCAAGCCUGUGAGCAGCAAGAAGGUAGCGACGCCGCCGACGCCGACGCCUGCCGACUUGGUCACGCACCUCACCGCGAGUCUCAGCGCAUCGCUCGACAUGUCGCGUGUCGGGUCAUACCUCGUCACGAGCAGCUCGCCGCCCGAUCCGCUCGUGUGCGUGUCGCUCCCGGGCGCGAGCUACUUGGUGCUCACGUUCAUUGUGCACCCAGUGCUCAUGGAUCUGCCGGCGGGCGCGAGUUUGGAGGUGUAUUACGACGCCGAGUGCCACCGGGUGGCGCGCGUUUACUAUGGCGGGCGUCGUGGCCUCACCAACCUCCCGCCCCUCGUCGUCCAAGGCGAUACGUGCUACCUUCGCACGCAGGCCGCCGAGUACGCACGUUACAAGCUGCGCGUCGACGGACUCUCGAAAGCGUUUGGUCUCGCCACGUGGCUCGGCCGGGUCUUGCAGCAGCUGCCGUCCGUGCCAACGACGCCGCUGGUUAACGCCUGGACGUCGUUUCUGAGCGCAAAUCAAGUGCCGCCGCUCCUGGAGCAAGUCGCGUUCCGGUCCCUCGGGCCGUGGAUGUCGCCAACGACGACGGUCUCGAGCUCGCUCAUCAAGCAGUGGCUCGCGCAGUACGAGGCUGCGUACGGCAAAGAGAGUACGAACGCCAUGUUCUCAACGUACACGCAGCAACUCACGGAGCUUCUCUCGACCUUGCCCCACACGUCGUCGGUGCCGGUGCUGAGCAAGUUUGCGCGGGUUGCCGCCUUUGCGGCGUCGCUCGCUUCCGACGUGCCCGGUCGCGUUCCGCAUGUUGAAGUCCGCGCGCUCGCCGAGAAGCACCAGCGCGUCGACCUCUUUACGUCGCGAUUGUUGCUGCUGCAAAAGCUGCCGCGGACGCGCGACCACGCGCAGCUCAUCGUGGCGGUCACGAAAUGGCUCACGCACAUUGCGCUGCAAGAGUGCUGUGGCGAAGCCGACGAUCCGAGUAUGUACUCGGCCACCGAGACGGUUCGGUUUGGCAUUCUUGCGCGCGUGCUCUACUGCCCCGUCGAUGCGGACGGAUUUACAAAGGGCUACUGCGUCCUGGAUGUCGGGCGCGACGACAUUGUGCCCAAGCUGCAGCAGUGCAUCCUCAAGCAGCCGCUUCUGUUUGAAGGGGACCCGACCGAGGAAGAUACGGCGCUCAUGGCCUACUUGGCCGAGACGACGACGAGCAACUCGGAAUUGACGCCUGAGGCAGCGCCCGCGUCGACUAUGUGGGUGUGCCCCGUGUGCACCUGCGACAACUGCGACGAUUCGAGCGCGUGCAUCGCUUGCGAGACACCCCGCGCGAUGCCAACGUCAUCGUCGUCGCCCGCGCCGCCGGUCGAAGAAGCAACCAUCGACGGCUGGACGUGCCCCGCGUGUACGUUCUUUAAUGCAUGGGACAAUACGCAGUGCUGCGUCUGCGAUAUGGCGUGCGACCAAGUGCGUCCGGCGGCGAUCGAGCCGACGAGCGAGCCAAGUGCAGCGAGUGACGUCGAGGCGCCGGGCCACGAACACUUUGUGUCGGCGCUGCGCUUCCAAGACUCGUACGACGCUGGCGACGACCGCGACCCGCGGAUGGCCGACUUUUUGGCGCACGUUCUUGCACAAAGAGGCGCGACGCCGGCGUCGGCGCGGCGCAUCUACGAAAGCAUGCGGGCGUCGGGGCUCGAUCUGGAGGCCAACUGCAGUCACACGACAUCGAUCGAGAUGGCGGUCGCAGCGCAGACCAAGUGGACGCUGGCGAUGGACGUACAGCUGCUGGAGCUUGCGAUGACGCAGUGCCGGCGGUUGGGGCUGCUCACACUCUGUGAACUCUCGCCGAGCCACUUGUGCAGCGUGGACGAGCUCAAGGUAUCGCUGUGGGAACUCCGCCUCCGCUUUGCGCUCUUGCAAGAGUGGAACUUGUUGCUUCUCGAGACGCUGCCCCUCGUCGACCUCAAGGGCCCCGUGCUCGCCAAGCGCAUCUUCGCUGCGCGCAAGCUGCUCUUUCCGCAUGUCAAGAUCAAGCUGAGCACCAUCGUACACGAUAACACGAGCACGUCCGAGACGCAGAGCAAGCGCCCGACCGUCGUGCUCGAUCGACUCAAGUGGAAGCAGCACCCGGAGCUUGUCUCGCUCUUUGAGAGCACACGCCACCAGCUUGAAAAAGUCCCCGCAACGUCGCUUCGGGCCAAGCGGCCGCUCGGCGCGUCCGACCCGUUCAUUGCGUUUGGGGUCACGUUCGCGGGCGAGCACGUGGUCGGCGACGGCGGGCCGUACCGUCAGCUCUUCAGCGACAUGUCCUACGAGUGCAUCCGACUUGGCCUCUUUGAGCCGACGCCCAACGGGCGCAUGCAGACGGGCGAGCUGCGCGACUGCGUGCUUCCGUCGCCCGCCAAGACGUCGACCAUCGCGCUCUCGCAGUAUGAGUUUGUGGGCGUGCUCAUGGGCUGCUGCCUCCGCACGGGCGUGCACCUCCCGCUGCGCGUCGCGCCGCUCAUUUGGAAGCACUUUGUCCACGAAACGCCGGCGCUGCACGACCUCAAGCUCGUGGAUGUCGCCGUCUACGAGCUGCUAACGUCCCCGCCGUUGCUCGACCAAGGCCUCACGAUGACCACGACGCUCUCGGACGGCAGCAGUGUGGACCUCGUGCCGCAGGGCGCGUCGAUGGCCGUCACUUCCGCCAACUGGGCCGACUUUGUUGGCCGUGUGACGCAGGCGCGGCUGUACGAGUGCCAGUCGCAAGUGGAUGCGAUGCUCCGAGGCAUGGCCAAGAUCGUACCAUUGACGCUCAUCUCGCUCUAUACGUGGGUCGAGCUGCGGCAGCACAUUUGCGGUAGCCAAAACAUUGACGUCGCCCUGCUCAAGCGUCAUACCAAGUACGCCGGUGGCAUGACGUGCGAGACUCAUGCGCACUUGGAGUACUUUUGGGCAGCGCUGCUUGCAUUCUCCGAGGCCGACAAGCGGCGGUUCAUCAACUUUGCGUGGGGCCAAGAGUCGUUGCCGUCGGACGACGCUGAGUUUGACCGAACGCACACGCGGCUUCUCAUCAAGCCGCCACCGACGUCGCAUGCGCCGCAAGACUCGCUCUUGCCCAAGGCCGACACCUGCUUCUUCAACCUCGAACUGCCUGCGUACUCGAGCCUCGAGAUCAUGACGGAGCGCCUCCAGACCGCGAUCCAGCUGUGCACGAGCAUGGACGCCGACGAACAGACGGGCGGGGCCAUGGAUGUGUAUUACGAAGACGAAGACGAGUAG